AUGAUAACACGUUAUGAUUUUAGAUAUCGUACGACUCACCUCCCAUCGUUGAUUAGCCGCUUUGGUAAUGUCGUGGCAGUGGGCCUCAGUGGCACCAACCCAAAAGAAGUCUUACCUCGGGACGGCAGAUUAGUAUCAGUCCCUUACUACUACGAUGAGUCACAUAUUAGGGCUAUAGUUAGAGCCAUUGUAGAGCCGAAAACAACCACCAAGAAGGCGCCCUCAACCACUCCAAACAGUGCGAUUCGAGUGCAUUGA